UGAUUUUCACCGAUUUUAGAAGAUAUUAGGUUAAGUUUUAGUUGGUUCAGUUAAAAUGAAAAUACGAGAUUUUGUGUUGGACCCAAAAUCUUCGGCGACGGAUUUCUACCUUUCUAAGUGGUGUAAACCCGGGGCUCGUUACCUCGUCUACAGAAGUCUUGUGUUCUGCUACUGGUGUGUGGCAUUCAUCGUUGAUCUUUGCAAUAACUUAGACGGCGGUUGGUUCUUCAUAUAUUUGUCACACUGGGGCGAAAGCCUUGUCCUGCUGUAUUUCUUCACUGCUUUGUGCACGUCAAUAUGUGGUUAUUUGCAAACCAGAAGAGAAAGGGAAAAAAUUUCAAGUAUUUUGAAAAUUGCUCUUCAUUCUAGAGAAGAGAUUAAAGAGAACGAAACAGAAAAUGUGAAGAACCGUUCUUUGAAGUUAAAAUGGUUUCAUUAUUUGACAACAAUCCUUUUUAUUGCGUCGUUCAACGUGUCUAUUACCGUCACAAUACUCUAUCCCAUACUCGAUGACGUCACAUACCACAGUGCAUCUUUUCUAAGCAUCAAUAUUCACAUACUUAACUUUAUUUUAAUGUUAAUCGAUUUAUGUGUUAAUGGAAUUAAUGUUAAAUUUCAACAAUUUUUUAUUUCUGUUAUAACUUCUGCAAUGUACGCAGCUACGCUGGUAACUUUGCACCUUACGGGCGCCAACUCUGCGGUUUACCCUGCUAUAGAUUAUAAACAAAACCCAAUUCGUACGAGUUUAGUGACCGUUGCAAUGAUUUUAAUUGCGCCAGUACUUUGCCACUCUGUUAUGUAUUGUAUCUACCGUUUAAAACUAUGCAUAGGAUACAGAAUACGCCGAAGAACAAGAACAUCAGUGCCUGUUAUGGCUGGCAAUAAAUGAUUUUAAAAUAGCAAUAUUUUAUCCAUAUUCCUAAUAAGUUUAUCCCGAGAAACUUUUUAUAAUGUUAUAUAAGCUUUGUUUUAGCAAUUAAUUUUAUUUUUUUCCACGAGUAUUUUUAACGAUCAUGUGAUAUUAUAUUUGAAAUAAAACGGCAGGGGUGUGUAAAU